CUGGAGAGGCAAUGUGUGCCAAUGGAUUUGGCAGCAAAGGAGGCUGACUUUAAAGGCUCACUCUUGGAUCGGGUGGCAUCUCUUGAACACAGGCUUUUUCAGGUAUGCCUAGGCAUGCAAUCUAGCAGCACAUAUACAUCAUCCUCUUCAUCACGUGCUUCGACACAAACACCUGGGGACAGUUCUUCAAGCCAUGGAUUCAAGGGGGAACCAUCUUCCUCAUUCCCAGCUUUCAACAUUAAUGCCAUUCAUGGAGACAAACUUAUGUCCCACGUUGGUGUCCAUAGCCAUGAAAUUCAGGAGGUAAAACCCCAUAGGCAUAAAGUGGCAAAAGAAUUGAAGAUUGCUAGUGCUCCUAGGCAGCUCCUUGGGAAUGGCAAGUCCAACAAGGAGGAGAAAACAUGCAAAAGCCAGAAGAAGGGAAUUUCUCCAAAUUGGCCACGCUUAAAAAUAUUAGGUUGCUGA